UUUUUUUCCCACGCAGGUGUCUACGUCAUCCAACCCGGAAGUCCCGUUAACGGCAGAGCGGGUGCAGGACCACAUUAACACAGGACUAUGGCUAGCAACGUGUGGAGGUCAAUGCUCUCUCACGUCGUGGGGGCGGCAAAGAGACCGACGGUAUGUUUCAGAAGGGGGCUGCAAACGGUUACGUUAAUUCCUGGGGAUGGAAUCGGUCCAGAAAUAUCCGUGGCUGUCAUGAAGAUUUUCGAGGCUGCUAAGGUUCCCAUCCAAUGGGAGGAGAGGAAUGUGACAGCUAUCCAGGGCCCAGGAGGUAGAUGGAUGAUCCCUCCAGACUGUAAGGAGUCUAUGGACAGGACCCUGAUCGGGUUAAAAGGCCCCCUGAAGACCCCCAUCGCAGCCGGCCACCCCUCCAUGAACCUGCUCCUCAGGAAGACCUUUGACCUGUACGCCAACGUGCGGCCCUGCGUUUCCAUCGAGGGCUACAAGACCCCCUACACCGACGUGGACCUGGUCACCAUCAGAGAGAACACCGAGGGAGAGUACAGCGGAAUCGAGCACAUAAUUGUUGAUGGUGUAGUUCAGAGCAUCAAACUCAUCACGGAAGACGCCAGUCGACGUAUCGCCGAGUACGCCUUUGAGUACGCAAGAAACAACCAAAGAAACAGCGUCACGGCCGUUCACAAAGCCAACAUCAUGAGGAUGUCGGAUGGGCUGUUCCUGAGGAAAUGCAGAGAGGUGGCUGAAAACUUCAAGGACGUCAAGUUUACUGAGAUGUACCUGGACACCGUGUGUCUCAACAUGGUGCAAGACCCCACCCAGUUUGACGUCCUGGUGAUGCCCAACCUGUAUGGUGACAUUCUCAGUGAUCUGUGUGCUGGACUUAUUGGCGGUCUGGGAGUCACUCCUAGUGGAAACAUUGGUGCUAAUGGAGUCGCCAUUUUUGAAUCGGUCCAUGGGACGGCCCCCGACAUAGCCGGUCUGGACAUGGCCAACCCUACAGCUCUGCUGCUCAGUGCUGUGAUGAUGCUGCGUCACAUGGGCAUGCACGACUACGGCAAGAAGAUCGAGACCGCCUGUUUCGACACCAUCAGAGACAAGAAGGUGUUGACCGGGGACCUCGGUGGGAAGUCGAAGUGCUCAGAGUUUACAGAGGAGAUCUGCCGUAGAGUGCGAGACAUGGACUGAAAACGACGACUGUUGAUUUUCUGAAGACUUCAUAAUAAUUCAACCGCUGCUUUGAACUUACUCCUAAAGAGUCUGGGGGGCGUUCCAGGUUGUCAGUACCGCAGUUACGAUGCAGCUGCAUAUCUUAGAUUACUAUAUUAUAUUUAUGUAGGUUCCUGAGAAUGAACAAUUCUCCAGGUUUUCUAGAAAUAGAAAUUCGAUAAUUUGUGCAGUGUGACUGAAAUAAAUCACCACCUGGAACGCGCCCUAUAUGGAUCGGUAUUCACUCUUAAGGUGUAUUUAAGCACAAUUUUACUCACAUGACCAUUUCAUGGGGCAAACUUCCCCAAAGUUAUACUUGCCUCUACUACGUGGCACUCCACUUGUGUUGUCCGGCAGUGGUUCUGUUCGUUUGCUAGUUUGAUUUUUUUUAACGGUAAAUGUAAUGCUAACGGCUUCAAUGUGCUCUAUUUAUUGUUACCAGUCGGGUUCCUGUGCAUGAAUGGAUUGUAUUGUACCAGCGUCUCAUGUCUCUCUUUUCUGUUUCGAGAUCCAUACACAUGCAUACAUAAAAACUUGAUCACAUGA